AUGUGCAAAGACGAAAUGGCGCCCUGGUAUAUUCUUUCCCCUCUUCUGCUCUCUCUUGUGGUUCGUCUGGUGCUGGAGAGGAGGGUCGCAUUGGCUUUGGCUGAAAACAUUCUGCUCAUUGCUUCCAUACAGUAUGCAAAGCUCUCUUGGGUGAGGGUUCUGGUAAUUGCGGCUAUCUUUGUCGCAUCUGCUUUCUUGCAGACUCAAUUAGAGUAUCUUGAUUCGGCGCAAGACACAUAUUCGCAUGCAGCUCCGCUACAAUGUGCAGCCAAGUCCAGGAUUAGCGGGUGUCCUGCGCAUACCAGUCGUGAUCAAAAGACAGACUUGAAUUACCGCACAUCUCGAGAAGCACAAGUUCCAAACGUUACUGGCAAUUGCCAGGCCGAGAAGACUUUUCACGGCCGGGCUGCGAUGUUUCCAUGCGAUCUUCGACACCUGCGCCGGUCCGGCUUCAAGGACAAUUAUCACCAUUCGUAUCUCUAUGUUGGUUAUCCAGUCGGCCUCCGUGCCUGCUAUAGUCCCUUGAUCACUGUUGAGCCACCUUUUCGACCUGGCUUCUUGCUGCCCAUCAAAAAAGCAUGGUUCAGUAUCAGACCAGAGGAUCACGCCUUCAACGGCGGUGCAAACCUGUCCAUGACUCAAAAGUUAGAGGAGUUCCUAUUGUCUGAGGGAGAAGAUCCUGCCGAGUGGCCUUAUGCGUACCUCUUGACGCCCCCGAGUGUCACAUGGCAGUUGAAUAAUCCACUUUCGUUCUGGUACCUUUACAACUCCAGAAGAGAGCUGACUGCAAUGAUUGUCCAACUUCAGACGUCGUAUGGCGAGCGCAGGCUGUGGUUAACGCGAAAUUGCAGAACUGAAGCGCCCAGAAAUGGCCCUUAUUGCUUCAAAGGGAAGUUCGAUAAGGAUCUACAAGUCUCACCCUUCACGCCCAUCGCGGCAAGCUAUGUCAUUGACUCGUCUGAUCCAUGUGCGGCUCCUUUGGAUAAGCUCAAGAUCAUGGUAACAUUGAAAAGAGGAAGAGAAACAGUCAUGAACGCCGUAGUCAACUCCACCGGUCCGCCUCUUGAUGCUGCCUCGGCGAGCCUCGGUUCUUCUCUGCUCUUCCUUGUGAAGUGGUGGUGGGUUCCCAUGUGCAGCGUGGUAGUUUUCCGGAUUCUCUUUAAAGCUGCGAAGAUUUACCUGACGCACAACGAAAAGGAACUUAACAUCCAGACGAGAGCAGAGCCUAACACAAAGGCUAUCGCAAAGUCUGCACGAAUGUCUGAAAGGGCCUUAGAAAAAUACUUUUCUAUGAUUUUAUCCUCUAUCGUCCAAAGCCAGUCUCGCAUAAAAAGUGUGAAGUACAUCACUCCAGGAGAGCACUGUGCGCGAACUCGGGUCAUGCACUCACAUCAGCAACAUUCUGGUGAGAAAGUUCCACACCGUCCUGAUGAAGAGGCAAGCAAAGAAGCACUCGAGGUUAUUCUCUUUAAAGUCAACACUCCAACCUUCUACUCAAGAUUUUUUCACUACAAGUCGCCAUUUGCGGCCAUGCAGAGUGAACUACUUGAUGAUGAGCGGACCCGCACGACACCUGGCAUGGGCCUGUGGAUUGGCGUUGGAGGAUAA